AUAAUAUAGUAAGUACUAUUAUUAAUAACUAUGCGUGGAGUGGCUGCAUCAGCUGGCUGCACAGGCUGCACUGCGCAGCGGGGGCAUCGAAUCGGCGUAAAAAGAGAGCAACGCACUGCACUCUAUUCAAUAGGUAUACCUAUAUGUAGAACUCGCAGCAUCAAAGCAAAAGCCAUCUGUCUGUAGGACAGUGGGACUAAGUAAUUGAUCACAGAGUUUGAGAGUUGACGUGUGCUCGGUGCCUCGGUGCAGUGCUGUCGUGCUGUCGCUGUGGCUGUGCGAGUGUGUGCACAGUGCACAUAUUUCUUUUAGUUUAUGUGCGACGUGCGUGCUUGCGUGCUUUGUGCGUUGUGUCCUCAGGUCCAUCGCAGCUCCGGACAUCCGCGCGCGGGCGUGAUGCUGCUAAACUCGCUUUUCCGUGAUUAUGGACGUUAUUGUUGAUCACCAUUGCAGCUAUUCCUAAAUGAAUGAUGUGGUCCUUCUUCAGUCGUGAUCCUACCAAGGAUUUUCCCUACGAGAUCGGCGAGCCCAUUGACCGCGGACUCGACAACAAGAGCAUCUGGAGCCUGCACAAAGCCAAGCGAAAGGGAGCAGCAGCAGCCACAACAACAACUGGGACAGCCCUAGCUGAAGAAGUGUCUGUCUUUGUCUUCCAAGUAAAGCCUGGUGCCGAGUAUCAGCUGGAAAUCGCACGAGCUGCAGUAAAAAGACUGAAAACACUACGACAUCCAAGUAUACUUGCAUAUUUAGAUAGUUUAGAGACGGAUAAAACAAUAUAUUUGGCUACGGAAAGGGUGGAGCCUCUUCAUAAUCGUCUUUCUAGAGUUGCUGAUAUUGGAGAAGGUAGCAAGCGUGAACUUUACUUAUCAUGGGGUAUAUUUCAAAUAACUAGGGCGUUAAGCUUUUUAAACAAUGACGGUAAUUUGCGGCACAAUAAUGUUCACCUGUGGUCAGUUUUUGUUAACGAAGAGAGCGGAGAGUGGAAGCUAGGCAGUGUGGAAUACAUGACAGCUGUUGAUGCACCUUAUAUUUCGUUAUCUCAAGCUCUACAAGUUUACCGGCCACCCGACGCCAAAGAAAACUCCAAACCAGUAACAAAAUGUUCCGUCGAUAUGUGGGGUCUGGGUUGCCUCAUAUGGGAAGCUUUCAAUGGACCCCUUACCGCAGCUGGAAAUCUCGAUGCCAUGGACCAAAUUCCCAAGCCCCUAGUAAUGGUGUACCAAGAAAUAAUCAGCAGCAAACCGGAGAUGCGCCCGAAUCCGGCGGACAUGAUAGUGCGAUGCCGCAGCAACGGCGGAUUCUUUAAAAAUGACCUGGUGGAUGCGCUACUUUUCCUCGAAGAGAUACAGGUGAAAGAGAAGAAUGAGAAGAGUCGCUUCUUCUCGCAGCUGACGGCCCAGCUUGAUGGUUUUCCCGAAGGUGUAGGUCGCUACAAGAUACUGCCUCAGUUGAUCGCUGCCUACGAAUACGGAGACGCGGGCAGUGCUGUCCUACCGCCCCUGCUACAGCUAGGAAAGGCUUUGCCCGAUGCUGAAUAUCAGAAGCGCGUCGUGCCUUGUGUCGUCAAGCUCUUCGCAUCUAAUGAUAGGGCUACAAGACUUAGGCUGCUCCAGCAGCUUGACAGAUUUGUUAAUCAUUUGCAGCCGGUCACUGUCAAUGAAGCAAUAUUUCCGCAGGUUGCUCGAGGUUUUUUAGAUACGAAUCCUGCUGUGAGAGAACAAACUAUCAAGUCAAUAGUGCAUUUGGCACCGAAAUUAGAUUACAACAAUUUGAAUGUCGAGGUUCUGAGGUACUUUGCCAAGCUUCAAUCCAAAGACGAGCAAGGCGGCAUUCGCACCAACACAACGGUGUGCCUGGGAAAAAUAGCUCAGCACUUGCAUCCUCAAAUUAGGCAAAAAGUCUUGAUCGGCGCGUUUAUUCGAGGCACGCGCGAUCCAUUCCCGCCCGCACGAAGCGCCAGUGUCCUGGCUCUCGCGGCGACGCAACAGUACUUUUUCUUACAGGAAGUUGCCAACAAGAUCUUGCCCGCGCUGUGUCCUUUAACUACGGAUCCUGAUAAGGGUGUCCGGGAUAAUGCCUUUCGCACAAUACGAGGAUUUUUGUCAAAGCUUGAGAGGGUCUCAGAGGAUCCUGGUCUUCGCGAAUCCAUGGAGGCCGAUGUAAAUACGGCUACUCCUAGUCUUAGCAACGCGGCCGCGACUUGGGCAGGUUGGGCUGUCACUGCCGUUACAGCUAAAUUUUAUCGUAGCCAGUCGGAUACACCCAAGUCAUCCGCUCCACACGGAACUUCGAGAAUUUUGUUCAAUAAGCCGGCUUCCUUGGGCUUUUUUUCAGAACAUGCUAGUAGUUCGCAGAGUAGCACGAGUACAACGGCGACGACGAGCAGCGCGACAAGUAUGACCUCGCUGGACCACGAUCAUGAGCACGACACCCAGAACACGGCUAAUACCAACUCGGACUGCGACUGGGAUUGUUGGGAUACCGGCGAUUGGGGCGAUAUGGAGCAACAGCCAGCUACCGCUGGUGCGACUUCGGCUGCUGGUCUUACGGGCACCGCCGCCGCCGCCGCCGCCGCCGGUCACUCGCCCAAGACGCACCAUCACAGCAGCGAACAGUGGACAAGUUUGGAGGAAAAACCGGAAGAGGAAGCGGCCGAGGGACAAGCGGACAAGAGUGAACCUUCAGAGUCUGGUUGGGAGGAUGGUGAAUUCCAACCGUUGGAAGAUUUUCCACACAAUGACUCGAGUCCAAGCAGUACUAACAACAAACUGGAAGAGGCACGGAAGAAGAGGGACGAGCGCAGAUUAGCGAGGCAAAGGCAAAUGGAGGCUAAAAGAGCGGCGAAAUUGGUGAACAGUGCUCCAGCUAAGAAAAUCUAAUUACCUCGAUCAAACUGCAAUCGCUGUUAUAAGCGACAAAUCGCAUUUCACGAUUAUACGUUACUCUGUUGUGUAAAAAUGACGCGAGGAGAGGUGGCCGGGCUUGAGGGAGGAGGGGGGAGGGGGGCACUUGUGACGUGUUAAUAAAAAUGUUGACCAUAUCUUAUCCAUAUCUUCAUUGCCGAGGACAAAGGAUUAGACUUUUAUUAAGUCUUUUUACGAGGCUUUAAAUUUUAUGACAGAAAAUAUACAUUCAUCCUGAACUUAUAAAUCUA